UACGCGUCCAGCCAAAAAAUGGAGCAGAACCGACUGAAUUGACUUGAGUCUAUCCUACCCAUUUCCGCCUCUCUCUCUCUCUCAAGAGCUCGCACCAUUUCUGCACCGAGAUCCGUUCUCCCUUCUCCAGCAGGCCGCCGUCGCGUACCCUUUUGGCCAAAGUCGCCGCGGUUGAUCCAAGAUGAGCAAGGACGAAGACAGAAACAGGGGCGUCCCGAGCGGCGACUACCAGCACCAGUACGGCACCUUCCAAGGCGUCGCCAACUACCCCCCGCCGAACCCGCCGCACCAGCAGCCGGCGAUCGGCUACCCCCAGCCGGCGCCUCCGCCGGGCGCCACCGAUCCCUCGGCCCCCCCUCCUCCUCCACCUCCCCACUAUUACCAUCAUGGGUAUCACACCGUCCCAGGUUAUGCUGUUGCUGAAGGAAGACCAGUAAGAGAAUCACGGCUGCCUUGCUGUGGCAUUGGAGUUGGAUGGUUUCUGUUUAUCCUUGGCUUCUUCCUUGGUGCCAUCCCUUGGUACAUUGGACUACUUCUUCUUGUCUGCGGAAGGAUAGACUACCGGGAAAAGCCUGGAUAUAUUGCUUGUACAAUUGCUGCAAUCCUGGCAACAAUUGCAAUUGUCCUUGGUGUCACGAGAGAAGCCGAUGAUUGGUAACAUCAUAGCAAAUGGCCUUAGUAGGUAUCUGAAAAUGGCAUGGUUCAUGUGAUCUAGCUGGUGACUACAUGAACAGAUGGGGCCAUCACGUUAUCAAUCGUAAUUAAUCACAAAUUUUCCUUCUGUCUGAUGAGCAAGGAAAACAGCAUGAUUGUGUUGGUCCGAGAAGUCCAUGUUUUGGAAUCAUUCCUAGUCUUCAAGGAUAGUUUUGUGGAAUUAAGAACAAGGUUAUCCUGUCUUUUUAGUUGGCGAGCCUCAUGACGUAUGUAUAUAAUCGUUGCUGUGACUAUACCUGCGAUGUUUCUUUGAAAUGUUAUAUUGUGAAGCUAGAUCUGAUGGUCAA